AUGUCAAAUUACACCUCUCUAAAACCUCAGCCGCCAGUUCCUGAGCCUUUUGAGGACGAUGAUGUGUUUAUCCAGCCGGACAGCGGCGCGUCAGAAGUGCACGAAGCAGACUUAGGUUCCCCGGCAAAUCCAGAGCCGGCGCCCGCACCGUCAACAGCAAAUACAACAUUCUCUAGCUCAAAAUCUAGAAAGACCUAUUCGGGUGGGAUAUUCACCCUCAAUUACUACAGGCAAUUCUUUGAUCUUGAAUCAAGCGACUUCUUCCGCAAUUGCUACAGAAGCUUGAAUCCUUUAGUGAGACUUCCCGAGGAGGAAUUCAGGGAAGUUGGGGACCUUUACGGAUCAGUGUGGAUCACAGCGACCUUGGUUUAUCUUUUAUUCUUUUGUAACUCAUUUGCUGAACUAUUAAGCGAGUGGUUUCUACACAAUGACAAAUUAGGCAUCAACUAUUUUAAAAUGAUCAUCACUUCCAUCAACCUACUAUAUGGAUACAUCGCAAUAAUCCCAACGCUCUUAUAUUUGGCUUUACGCUUCUAUUUUAAAGUCGUCCUGCUUAUUCCCUUGACCAAGCUCAUUUCAAUCUACUCAUACUCAAAUAUCAUGUGGAUCCCAGCUGCGCUUUUAAGUAUAUUCCGUGGAUUACUUAUCAAUCAUCACGUUUUGGACAAUGCUCUUAAAUGGACCUGUAUUGGUAUAGGAGCUAUUCUGAGUGGAUGGAGCAUUGUGGUCAAAAUUUCCCAGUAUUUUGGAACUAUUUUCGGGCAGGAAGACAAAAAGUUUUCCAUGCUGGUUCUGGGGCUACUGAUUUUGGCCCAUGUGGGUUUCUCUUUGGGAGUGAAGAUGUGUUUUUUUGGGGAUUUAUAG